GUGAAACCUUGAAUCUUCUUUGUUUAUAUAUUUAUUUUUAAUUGUUUUUAUUAAAUUUCGAUUGCAAAAACACUAGAAAAAUGGAUUAUAAUGCAUCAUUCGCAAUGUCUCCUAAAUUAAUUCAAGUAGGAAAUUCCUGCUAUCGAAGAUUGGAUUGUAAUCCCGAUGGAAUUAUCGAUAAUUUGACUAUCAAUACACGAAAACUUGCAUUGCAGCAAAAUGUUACACAAUCAGGACAUGGUAAUCCAAAUAAUUAUUCCAUUGAUCAAAUUGAAAGCGAAGAUUAUAUCACAUCGAAUUCAAUGGUUGAUGAUGAUGGCGAAAAUUAUCAAUUUCAGCUAGAUGAUGGUGAAGAAUUGCGUUUUGAUGAAAACUCUAAACGAUUCAUAUUGACCAUACAUUUAUGUAACACUUUUUUCGGUUACUUAAUCGGUAAAAAAGGACAAACCAAAAUGAAUAUCGAAACCGAAACUCGUACAACGUUGAAGAUUCCAAAAUUAAGUCAAAAUGAUAAUCGUAAUUAUAUUCAAGUUCAAGGCAUGAACAAAUCGAAUGUGAUCAAAGCUUUUAAACGUAUUCGAGAUUUAGAACAUAGUUUUCGUUUGAAACAAUCGUUAACACAUUUUAUCUCCAUACCAUUAUCAUUUGAGCCGAAUAUUAAGAAAAGUUUUAUCAAUUUCAAAACGGCAAUUCUUUCCGAUCCAAAAUUAUCGAUUACCAAAUCCAUUGAUGAGUCAGUAUUUCAGUCUGAACAUCGAUUACAUUUAACAUUGCGUAUAUUAUAUCUCGGGGAUUUAUAUGAACAAAAGAAAGCGAUGAAAUAUUUGGAAAAUUUUUAUCAAUCAUAUUUAAAAUCUUUUCUUGCGGAAUAUCAACCAAUAAUGUUACAUAUGAAAGGAAUAGACAUUAUGAAUGAUGAUCCAUCAGCAGCCAAUGUUCUAUAUGCUAAAGUAUUUGAAAUUGGUCAACAAGAUUUAUUUCGUCAAAUUGUCAACAAACUAUAUGAUUGGUUCAGUCAAUCUGGUUUAGAAUGUGAAUCAGAUCGUUAUGAAUGUAAUAAUGAAUGGAAAGUUAAAAUUCAUUGUACAUUAAUGAAUACAAGAUAUCGUAAUAAAAACAAUGAUGAUGAUGAUGAUGAUUAUGGAUCAAAUGAUAAAACAACAAUCGGUAAUAGAAAUGAAAGAAAAUUACAAUCAAAAAUGAAUGUUGGUGCCAUUCUGGAACAAUUUGGUGAUUAUGAUUUUGGUCUUGUCCAAAUGAAUGAGAUACAUUUAUCAACAUUAGAUUUUUAUGAUGAACAAAAUCAUCAACAUUAUUAUUAUCCAUUGAAUAAAAUUUGUUUCUAAAA